AUGCGGGAGGAAGAACUCGAGAUAUCACUCAAGGUGGUGAUAGUCGGUAACGGAGCUGUUGGGAAAUCGUCGAUGAUCCAAAGGUUUUGCAAAGGUACUUACACGAGAGACUACAAGAAGACGAUCGGCGUCGAUUUUUUGGAACGGGAGAUCGAGGUGGACGGCGAGGACGUAAGACUGAUGCUUUGGGAUACUGCAGGUCAGGAGGAAUUCGACGCAAUCACCGCGGCUUAUUAUCGCGGCGCCCAUGCCUGCGUCCUCGCUUAUUCAGCUACUGACAGAGAUUCCUUCGACGCCAUUCCUUCGUGGAAGCUGAAGGUGGAGAACGAGUGCGGCGAAAUUCCCACGGUUCUUGUACAAAACAAGAUGGACCUCGUUGAUCAGUGCGUCAUUGAUCCGGACGAAGCUGAGAGGCUCGGUCGUGCCCUAGGCUGUAAGCUUCUAAGAACGUCCGUGAAAGAGGACGUCGGAGUCAUGAGCGUCUUCCGGCAUUUGGCGUCGCGAUGUCUCCACGAGAUGCGUCGCUGCGAUGACGAUUAUCAGGACGACCUGAGAUUAUACUCUGCCGGUCCAAGAUCUCCUUCUGUAAUAAGUGCUUUUAGUCCGAACGGAUCCACAUGUGGUCGGAAUACAGGGAAUGGUACAAUAGUUUUGCGGCCGGGAGCCAAGACAAAGAAUCACAAGAAAAGGAAUUUCGUAAAAAAUGCUUGUAGACUACUUUAGUCUUUGCGUGGAUAAAUACUGAAUACGGAAAGCUGUUACGAAUACUUCAACCAUGUACAGACUGAUAUACUCGUAUUUAUGAAAAUAUAAAUAGCUAUUGUACGAUUGUUUCGGCAACGUGUACUAAUUGAUUUGAUGUUUCAUUGUUACAAUUUAGUAGGUACAAUGCAAAGCAUCAAAGACAUAACGAGAAAAA